GUUUACAAGGUAUAUGCACAUGCAUUAUGUGUCUGUGUGGAAACUGCAGCUCUGUGGGGUGUGUCUUUGGUAGUUAACCGUGGACUACUGUCUAUAUUUAGCCUUAAACCCUCUCCUUUCCCCUUCUGUACUCCCCUGUGUGACCCUCGCUCAGUGCUGCAGGCAUUUCCAUAUCAGAGCAGAGAGAGAGACAGCGCUGGCUACACAGAUUGAAAGACAGAAAAAGUUUCUGUUGAAUAGCUGCAUCAAUUCAGUGUAUUGGUUCACAAGUAGAGCAAUAAUGUAUGAGUAGUAGCAGUUGUAGUUUGACGGCUCAGUUAGCUUGUUAUCCAUUUACACAUGGCAUUAAGUAUAUUUCGUAGUCGUUUGACAGCCUCUCUCACUGUGGUGUAACUAUGGAGGAUGGCGAGUUGGUAAUUCGGUUGCCAGGGCGAUCUGACUCACCUGUGGGCAAUAGGAGUUGCGGUGCAGCUGGAGGGUUUGGUGAGACAUUGGUGUUGCGGCACAAAGAAGUUCAUCACUUCUUCUUCGUCCCAUUCAGGGAGCAGCCCAUCUACAGCACGAGGGCCCACGUCUUCCAAAUUGACCCCAACACCAAGAAGAACUGGUUGCCCACCAGCAAGCAUGCCGUCACGGUGUCCUACUUCUACGACAGUACGCGCAAUGUCUACCGCAUCAUCAGCCUGGAUGGCACCAAGGCAAUAAUCAACAGCACCAUCAGUCCCAACAUGACGUUCACAAAGACCUCACAGAAGUUUGGCCAGUGGGCGGACAGUAGAGCCAACACUGUCUACGGCCUGGGAUUCUCCACUGAGCAUCAUCUAGCCAAGUUUGCAGAGAAGUUUGCGGAGUAUAAAGAAGCAGCACGGCUCGCUAAAGAGAAGAGUCAAGAAAAAAUGGAGAUGGCCACGUCUCCUUCUCAGGAAUCACCAGGCGGCGAGCUCUCUUCACCUUUGACCCCAGUGACUCCGCCCAUGGAAAACAUCAACGGCACAGAUGACAUCUGUGACACGACUCCCAACUCGGACACGCGUCCAGAGCCGUCUCAGAACGCACUGGCCUUCGCACACAGGGAACAGUUUAAGACUUGUCGGGUCUGCUCUUUCUGAUAGGGAUGUCAUUACCUGAAAACUGCAACAUCAUAACUACACAAAACAAAAAAAAUGCUUAGGCACAAACUUUCCCAAAAAUAGGAAGGAUUGCAGGUCAGCAACAGGGAGGGUCUUCUUUACAAACCUGGUGCACUGCCUGUUUACUAACUGCUAACAAGUAAGGUAAAACAGCAUGCCAUCACUCCAGACAGGAGGAAUUUUUGGUGCAAUGAAUUACACGAGUGGCAUUUUCGCUCACACGACCAGCAAAAUAUGUUACUUCAAGUGUUUCUCAGGAAUAAGGAAUUAUUCAAGUUAUUAUUUUUUUUCCACUCUAAGCAUGCUUGUUAAAGAAACUCACAUAUAUUUAUAGUGAUUUACACUACCGGUCAAAAGUUUGGGGUCACUUUGAAAUUUCCAUUGCACUCAGUUGUAGACAGAAUACCAUCUGAGAUCAGUUGCAUUGUUUUUUUUAACCAGGGCAGCAGUUUUCAGAUUACAUUAUGUGCUUACAUAAUUACAAAAGGGUUCUCCGAUGUUUUCUCAGUUUGUUUUUUUAAAUGAUAUCAGAUUAGUAAACAGAAUGUGCCUUUGGAACAUUGGAUGAAGGCUUGCUGAUAAUGGGCAAUGUAGAUAUUGUAUUAAAGAUCAGCCCCCACUCAGAUCAGCUGGUAUUCUGUCUAAAUGGAGUGGAUUGAAAAUUUGUAAGUGACCUCAAACUUUUGACCGGUUGUGUAUGUUUGCCUACUGCAAUGCAAUAAUAUCUUUUUAAUUGAAAAUUCUAAUAGUUUGAUUUUUAUGGUGAUUGGUGCAUUACAGAUUACGUGACGUGUCACUUCUAUGCAUGCAGCACUACUGUUACACUGUAUACAUUCCUGCUGUUUUUGUGUCCUGUCAGCAGAUUGAAUAUUGAAAUGGUUAAUUCAUAUUCUCUGUGAUAUCAAUUCUGGUUCAUAUUUAGUGGAUUGUGUAAGAUAAAAGGGUUAAAGUUCCAUGUAAAUAUUUUUGAUUUGUAUAAUGGCUCUCUGAAGAGUUGUGUGGUUGUGAGGUUCACCAAAAAAGGUGUCGAUGAAGCGUUUUAAUGUCAGACUUAUAUAACAUACUGUGGGGUAGUGGGAGGCAGAGAAAGAGAAAGACAGACAGGCCCGCAGAGUGUGUGUGUGUGUGUGUGUGUGUGUGUAUGUGUGUGUGUGUGUGUGUGUGUGUGUGUGUGUGUGUGUGUGUGUGUGUGUGUGUGUGUGUGUUGGUGUGUGUGUGUGUGUGUCAGAAGCCGGAGAGAGCGAGAGAACGACAGAAUGAGGUGCAUUGUAUAAAUUCUGUGCAUGAGUCACUGAUAUACCUAAACAUUCUCCAACUGCACACACACUCACCAGAACAAAUAAACUAAACAGAAGGACAUGGAGCGAUGAGUUUGAAUCAUUUGAGUGAGAGAAGUGUUUUUUUCUCAGGAGAGGAAAUGUCCUUAUUAUCUACUGUGACCUGUACACAGGUCUUUUCACUUGUAAAAUCUCUGUAAUCUUGUGCCACUUGUUUCACUAUUUCUCUGGCUGCGAUUCUUAUUAAUUAAAGAUAUCAAUCAAUUGCUUAAUGUAUUAUCAUUCUUUUUUUUUUGCUUAACUCUUGUUGUCUGAGCGAAGGCUUAGAACAUUUUAUAGAUAUUUAAAGAUCAUUGUAGCGAUCUUUAAAGGUAUUCUUUAUUAGUGUGUUAAAGCCUGUAAAGCUGUGACAAGCUCAAAUGCAAAUGCAAAUGCUCAGAAAUCCCUACUGCUACAUCAUGAACUCUGAAAGGCUACACAGAUCUGAGUUCGCAGUGAGAGCAUAAUGUAGAGAGGACACCCACUGCCUGCUGCAGCCUUGCUGCUGAUGUGUCUAUUAAUGCUGCAUGCGUGGGAGACCGGGUCGACUCUCCACAUUCAAGAUGGCAAGCAAACCUCAGUCUCACAUUUUCUCAGAGGCAUAUGCAGAGAGUGUAGAUGCUUGGACAGUCCACAUCUUUUACCACAUAACUCUUCCUCAUUCUAUCUGUUCUCUCUAUGAAUUAUACCUCUUCUAUUUAAUAUCUUCCGUGUGCAUCAUCUCACAUGUUCAUCACGUCUUACAGUAGCUCUAUCAGCGUCUCAUGUGACUCAAGCUGCAGUGAAACUGUUUUUUCUGUCAAUUUGUGUACUGGUGUAUAAGCUGAUCAUUGAUUUAAUAGCCAAAAGAAAAGAAUAAAAAUUGUUUGUAGUGUACUUUAAUGUGUUUACUUGUAUAUUACCUCAUUUGGGUUUAGACCCACAUAUAGAAACACACCUCGACACACAGGCAUUUUGCUGUUUUUUUCUGUUGCACCAGACCUCUUUGAUGGUCUUGGUUUGUCUCUACCAUGUGUCUGGAAUUACAUGAGGACUCAUCACCAUAACAUGUACACCACACUGCUGCUUAGCGGGGCUGUGUAGGCUGGUUUGUGUCGGUGCAUAGGGCAGAGGAAGAGAGAGGAGGAUGAGGGUGCAGGGCUGUGAGAGGAUUUUUUUUAUAUUCCACGAUGUAGGCGUGUUUGUCAGGUCUGCGUUGGAGUUGUUGAAUGAUGUUCAGAAUGUUGGAAGACCUUUAGUUGGGACUGCCUUGGCUGUAUGUGAAUGGUCUUCUAUUGUUGGAGGAUGCAGGCAUCUGUCGAUGGGUUUGUGUGAACGAAGACGGUGCCGAUGUCAUACGUCAGGGUGCCACGAGCCUCCGUUCCUCCAGUGCUGCCAUGGCAACCGCUCUUGCUCCCUGCUUCUUGAAGUGCUAUGCGAGUAGGAUGAACCUACCUGACAACGCACAGUGGUCAGGACACGGCAGAAACACUGUGGGCUGUAGAAAAAGCUUCAAAGCUUGUGUUUGGUAGCUUUAUUGAGCCUGGGAGGAGAAUUCUACUUAACGUUGUGAAGUAGUAACACACAAAACAGAGUGUUGAUGUUUUAUUCAAGAGUACUGGUGUAUUGGCAGUGUGUACAUGUUAUGUUCAAACCACAAAAAAACAUUCAGAAUUCAAU